CCAAACAAACCAACGACUAAAACCAAGUCAGUAAAAAAAGUAAGUGUGCCCACAACAACGCAAAGAUCACCUUCUUCUUACUUGAAUAUUCGCAUCUCUGACCAAGUAACGAAGAAACGAAACCUUGCUCGACGUAGGUAGUUAGUUAGUAAACCAACCUUUGUAAAAGUGUGUCACUAGAUUUUUCUAAUCAUUUUAAUCCCUUCGUCUCUCCUUCGCCUUUGGUUCAUUGCAGAAAAGUGGGGAAAAAAUGAGAUAAAAUACGGCUUCUGGGAUUUUGUGAAGCGAAAGUUUUCAUAAAAAUUGAGGUAAAGUGAAUUACAUUUCGCAUCAAAUGAUGGAGUUGUUUCGUGAUUACGUACGACGACCAAAUUGAGACGGGUUUCCAAAACUGAGAAUAAUUGCUGCUAGUGAACAAUAAUAGAAAUAAAAGUGGAAAUAGAUAAUUUCAUUGUGAAGGUGUGAUAAUCAAAAAAUAAUAAUCAAAACAUAAUAAUCGGCAAAAAAAGCAUGGCUAAAUCGAGGUGUUGCAGUUUGGAGUCUGCCGUCCUAUUUGGUUCCUGUGCUUUUACGUUUGAUACCCUCCUGAAACUCUGGGACUUAUCAUUUUCCGUCAUUCUUAUCGGAUAUAAUUGGAACAAAUAUGGGAAUUUGGUGGUACGACCCCAAGUAAUUUCUGCCUUUUUUGCGUCAGUCUACUGCACGUUUUCCCUCAUCCUUGCCUUCUUCUUGUUUAAAGGAAUUUUUAAGUUCAGAGGUUGGGAAAAUACUGGGUCAAAAUAUGUAGGGUAUUUUGACCCCCGUGCCUCCCGGAUUUCCGGAAUUGUUACACCCACAAAAAGGCGAGAAUCUGCAUCGAGAAUACAGCAAUCAUACGACAAUACAGGAUUUUUGAAGAAAUUGACUUUUUGUCGGGAAACUUCCCGGCGUCAUAAAACUGGGCGCCAUCUUCGUCCUUGUCUUGCGCCUGUGGGAAUGCGCCGGCUCCCUGGUUUCCUGGGAUGACGCUUCCAUGCUGGGAAUUGCUGGGUCCACGCCACAAGUCCGGGACGAGUUUGGGGUCUACCGAGCCGCCAAAAUUGGCCGGUUCAUCGUCGUCAAUUCCACCGCGGCGGUAUUCGUAGGCCUACUUUUCGCCUAUUACAGAAGCCUGCUCCCACCCUCCAGUCGGAAUCAUAGAAGACACCCGCAUCGCCAUCAGCAGAAUGGAGAUGCAAAAAUUAAUAGGAAUUCAAACUCUCCCUUGUCAAUUUAGUUCGUGAGGCUUUAAUUAAUUAAUUAAUUAGUAUUAUUAAUUAAUUAGCACUAAUUAAUUAACUAAUUAAUUAAUUAGUGUUAAUUAGGUAGGAUUACGAAUUUAAUAGGAUAGGAUACUCAUCUUAUGGACGAACUGGACUAAUUUUAAUUUAUUACGCUUAACCAGUAACGCUUUUAAAGAGUUAUUAACGUACGACUCAUCACCAAAAUCAGCACAUUUUUAAUCAUUUCUCGCCUCUGGGAAUUUAUUUAAAAAUUCUGGACGACAAAUUUGUAGAGUCAAUUUAAAAAAAAAUGUACACUCCAGAUUUUGACACUUU